AUGGUGAGGCCAAUGAUUCCUGCCUCCUUCUUUGUUUUUCUGUGCGCGGGGCCCCUGCCGACACGCGGAUACGAUUUCGAUGUCGUCGUCUAUGGUUCAACCCCCGCCGGCAUUGCGGCUGCCACAGCCGCUGGACACCUUGGAAUGCAUGUUGGAGUUUUCGAGCCUUUGCCCAUGAUUGGAGGCAUGGGUGCUGCGGGAAACCUAGCCUUGCACGAUGGCGCCCCACGGACAAAGCUGAGCGGCCUUGCCCGCAACUUUUCACUGCUGAACGCGGCGUACUACAACGUGCCGAGCGAGGUAGCGCAACCAGAGUCCUUCGUUGCGAACGCUUCUUUCUACAAGAUGCUAAACGCUGCAGGUGUGGUGGAGAUAAAGCUGGCGUGCAGGCUCACUGGCGUAAAGUGUAGAGCAGACGGGGCCAGCAUCGAGAGCAUCAACGUUAUCUGUCAGAAGAAUCCUGUCUCAGCGAAAGUGUUCAUUGAUGCCAGCUAUGAUGGUGAGAUCAUGACGAAAACGGUUGACUACACCCAUGGAAGAGAGGCAACUGCCGUGUACAACGAGUCCCUUGCGGGCGCAAGAAUUCCAACGCCGAGUGCUGUGAAGGUCCAUGCCCUCCAUGACGAUGGCACCAUCAUCAAGUAUGUACAGAACAUCAGCGGCCUCGCCCGUCCCGGCGAAGCUGAUGAUGCUCUCAUGGCAUUUCAGCAUCGGCUCUGCAUCUCUGGCGAUGAGGACCGCUUGCCAUGGAAGAAGCCUGACGGAUACGAUCGGAAUGACUUCGUACUCUUUGAGCGCUACAUCGCGGCGAACCAGGGUAAGUUCGAUGGGUUCGGGUGGCCACCACAGGAUAUGCGUGACUUCGGGUAUCCAGGCCCAAAGAAGAAGUACACACUCUGCUGUGGGAUAAGCAUCGCAGCAUCGGACCAGCCCAACCUUAAUCGUGGCUGGGCAACGGCUUCCUGGGAGAAGAAGCAGCAGAUCAUCGGCGAACACACCUACUUUGAGCUUGGCAUGUUCUAUUUCCUCGCGAACGAUCCCAAGGUUCCGGUGAAGGUCAGGGAGGAGUUCAACCGCUAUGGCCUCUGCGCUGACGAGUUUGUGGAGUUUAGCCACAUCCCUCCGCAGCUCUAUAUUCGCGAAAGCAACCGACUCGUUGGUGAUUAUGUCAUGACCCAAAACAACAUUGCUAAUCCAAAAGUUGUGCCGGACAGCAUCGCCGUUGCAAACUGGUGGCUUGAUAUGCACAUGACCGGAAAAUAUGCCGUUCCUGACGGCGAUGGGCAGUUCACAGUUCGGCUGGAAGGCAACUUUCCCCACAACAAAGGGACCACACCGCCGCCCUACGAGGUUCCAUACCGGCUCAUGACGCCAAAAGUGGGAACAGGAAUCAAUCUUCUUGUGCCGGUUUGCCUCUCGACGUCCCAUGUGGCGUUUGCAUCAACGCGGAUCGAGGCGAUGUUCAUGAGCACAGGAUCUGCAGCAGGAGUCGCGGCGCAACAACUCGUGGAUGCAACGGCGGCCACGGUUCAAGAUGUGAAUGUCACCAGAGUCCAAGAGAUUUUGACACGCCGCUUUCAGCAAGACAUCCAUAUAGCCGAGCCAGAUCGCAUUGUAGUGUAA